AUCACCUCUUCCUUGAACAAAAAGCUUGUCCGAGAUCAAAAUAAUUUCUGACAUCCCAAGAAUUCAAUAAAUUAUGGGAUAUAAUGAGCCGAUACAAACCAAACCACAAGAGGAGCAGAUUGUGCAUAUUGCGAUCAACAACAACAAGGAAGAACACAACUCAACCACACUAACAAACCAAACCGUAAGAUCAAACCGGACAAGCAUCAUCAUUUGCAUCAUCUUGACCAUUACAGGUCAAUCCAUCGCCAGACUCCUCGAGACCUUCCACCACCACCAUACCACUAACCCCAGCCUACACGACUGCGUUUGGGCUCAACCUUUCCUCCAUGUCAUCGGUCUCCCUCUCCUCAUUCUCCCUUUCCUCUUCCUCUCUUCCAAAAACCACAACCAACUUCUCAUUACUUCCGGUCAAUCUUCCCUCGCCCUACUUUACCUAUGUAUAGGUGUAGCCAUGGUGGUUCAGAUAAAACUAUACAACAAGGGUAAACACGAGGCACCCUCUACAAAGUUCAUUCUCUAUGAAGGGACACAACUCUACUUCGCCACGGUAUUGGCAGGCAUAUUCAACAGAAUCAGAUCCAAUAUAUGGAUUGUCAUCUCUCUCAUCUUCACUGUAGCCAUCACCAUUCUCUCCUUUAACGUAGACGGUGAGCGUUCCGCUUUAUUAUCAGCCAUCACAUUCUCUUUUCUCCUCAGCAACAUACAGGUCAUAUUCCACAACUCCAUCACCAAUAGCAAGAACAAGAUACCAAGAUUCACAUACGUUCUUGAACUGCUGAUCUUCUCGUCUCUCUUCGCCACCUUUGCAGCCGUUUUCAUCUCCGACGAGAAUCACGAUCUAAAGAGAGAGAUGGAUGGUUUCUCUAAAGGAAACAGUGUCUACGUUAUGACUAUCAUUGGUCAAGUCGUCUCAUGGCAGAUCUAUUGGGUGGGGGUCGUAGGGCUUGUUUUGUUCGUGGACUCUAUCGUGACCUCGAACGUUGAGAGUGUGGGACCUGUUGUGUACGCUUACUCUAUCGUGAUGGUUCUGAAGAUAAUGUUUUGCAACUACGAAGAAGAUGAGUUUGAUGGCUUUCUUGGAGCAGCUUUAGGGCUUUCGUUUAUUUCUAUCGUGACUUGUUUUUACAAGCACAUAAGAUUCUUGAAAGAUAUUGGAAACUGGAAGCCUCCAAAUUUUUUGUUGUUUUUGUUUUUAUUUGUCAUGUAUUCUUUUUACUUGUCUGAGUUGUUAAACCCUGAUCAUUACAUCUCUCCCUCAACGGGAUUUGAGUUGUUGUGA